AUGUGCGACGCAAAACGUCGAGGUGGACCGUCUCCUCAGAGAAAGUCACCCUUCUUAGUUAUUGAUAACGCCGAUCUACAUGAUCAGUUGCAAAGAGCUGCGAUAGUGCAUGAGGAGCUGGAACUGCAAAUGAUGGAGCUGCAGGAGCGGUACACAGAAGUGGUCUGCUCGUUACGUGAUGCCGAAGAAGAGCUUGGAACGUAUCGGCAAAAACAAUCCGCAUACAGGUCGCGUUUUUGGUUUCGCUGCAUUUGCGUUUAAUC